GUUGUAGGCACCAUAUCUCAAUGAAGAAAGGCUCCAUUGUAUGACAGAAGGGAACUAUUGGUGAAGAGUUCUACAUUAUCCUUCAAGGCGAAGUAGGCAUCUUCCUGGAAAUCCCUACUAGUUCGGAUGACACACAGCUAGGCGGGGUCUUUUCUAUUAAGCUUAAGGGACCUGAAUUUACAGAAUCUAUUAAAUAAGUUAAAUGGGAUGUACGAGUUCAUGAGGAUGGGCCAAAGAGAAGCUUUCGGAGAAGCCUCUUUGAUCAAUGAUGCGCCAAGAGGAGCUUCGAUAGUAUGAACCAAGGACUGACACUUUGCAGUCCUUUCCAAAAAUAAAUUUAACAACACAUUACUCAAAAUUGGUGAAAGACUUCGAGAAAAUUACCAAAAGUAUGGAGAUGAGGAUGUGAAUCCUGAAGAUUUCCUAAAAUUAGAUAACCUCAAGAAAUUAUUUCUAAAUCAAAGUUUCCUCACCACAUUUUUAAGAUCUUUGAAAAUAUUCGAAGACUGGACUUUAAAAUCUCUCCAAAAUAUCCUUUAUGUGGCUGACCUGAAGACCUUUUCUAAGGGAGAAAGUAUCUUCCUUCAGGGAGAAGAGGCAGAAGGAUUUUAUGUGGUCUUCAAAGGAGAUGUAUUGGUGACGUACAGAAUUCAGAAGAAUUAUUAUGAAAAAUUAACAUUUGAUGGAAACCUUCUUAAAUCUCAAUUUCAGGGUCAAAGUCCUUGAGCUAUUGAGAAAGCAUCUAAUGGUCAUAAGAAAGUACUUAAAACUGAAGGAAGUGGAAAUCCUAGCACUCUUGAUGGGUAUAGGCAGUCAUACCACAUUUUGGUAAAUCGGUCUAAAAAGAAGCAUCGUGCUGCCAAAGAUGUUGAGAUAAAAGUAGCUGGCCCAGGUCAAUUGCUUGGCUCUGAAGAUGCUGUUUUAAACAACUCAAAUCACAAAAUUAACAAUUAUAGUUAUACUGCUAAAUGCAAGUCUGCAACUUGCAAGGUUCUCUACUUUAGCAAGAAGCAGUGUUACGACAAGCUAAAUUUCCUGAACUGUAUGGACAAAAUAAUACAGUUCGCUAGAGUAGAAAGAGUACGGUUCGAUGAACUAAAAGACAAGAGUACUAACCUGUUCAAAGACCAGUUUGUCCAGCAGAAAUAGCCGUGAGAUUAACGUCAGAAAGAAAAGAAGUCACAGGAAGAAGCACGGUAAAAUCUCUAAAAGAGAGAAUACCCAAAGGUUCAAGGUCUUUGACAGCUGGUUUAACUCCACGAUGUCUGGCAAAAAAGUACAAAGAUCAAGAGGCCCCUCUGCCUCUAUGAAGAAACCUAGGCCAAAAGCCAGGGUAAAGAGUCCUGCAAUCAGAUUGAAUGAUUCCUUACUGCUUCAGAUGAAGAAUCAAAAGAAAUAGAACCCAAAAAUUAGGCACUUCCCAUAGAAUUUGUAGCCAAAGUAGCUGUAUCAAUGAUAAGGCAUUAGAAGCUAUUUUAGAACCAGAGAACAAGCAUGCUUUCAAACCUCAGUCUUCGAAAGGAAUCAAGCUGUUUACCAAGAGAGUUAGAACAACUGCAAGAAAAAGAGAUGUAAACAAUCGAAUAUAAAUAAUGUAACAACUCCAGUACCAAAUAAGGCAUCAGGAAGUCUAGAACCCAAAAGUAAUAUGGUAGAGGAAGACAGAUCAGCUGUCCUCAUGAAGAUGGUGAAGAGACUAAAUACUGGUCAAUUCUCUUCUAUUGAGCAACAACCACGCAUCUCUGUUCAUACUCCAGGAAUAAUGGGGCAAAUCAGGCUGAAAAGGCAGAAACAGAGCAUAGUCAGCACAGCGUUUUCAAACCAACUUACUAAUUUCACCGCAGGUCAGAAUAAAAGACCUGGAAGUAUUGCUGACUCAAAUAUCAUGAGACAGGGCAAUUUUUCGCCGACUGUUAGAGGCUAUUUUUCUCCAUCACAAAGAAACAGGAUUAAAGGUGAAACUCCUUUCACAGAUAAUAUCAUGAUGAAUAUAACGUCACUGAAUUCCCCUUCGAAUAGAGGGACUACUCCUAUGUCUCCCAUUGAGUCUCCUUACCAGUCAGAAGAUAACUUCACCUCAAAAGUUAUCAGACCUAAGGAUAAAAGAGCAGAUUUCUCAAUAGUCCAGGAUCUAUGAAGCCCUAGGAGCUUAUUAAAGAAGAAAAAUAGCAAAAUAUCAUCCAAAAUGGCAGUUGCUUGCUUUAUUCCCUCUUCUACUCGGCUUAAGAUACAACCUACACAGAGGCAGAAGUAUACGCCAACCAUGGAGCCUAUCUAUAGUGCAAGGGGAGGCGUUAAAUAA